GUUCCAAUUCGCUCCUCUUUGGCAGUAUUUUUUGGUCGGUUGGGUUGUAAUCUUGCUGAUCGUAUCCGACUAAUCAUUAAAUCUCACUUGUGUCGCUACGCGCCGGGAAGAAGACCAACCCGGUAGAUCCGAUCGAUUCACGAGCUCUUCAGCUCUCUCAGAGGCGACCCACUCUAGAUUCCCAGAUCCUACAGCCUUGUUUUGUUUCAACAUUCUUUCUCCAACUUCCCCCGAAAAUCCAAUCCCUGACAAGACAGACAUCCAAGCCCAAAUGCCUUUCUGGGGAAGCAAAUCCACGCCGACCAAGGCGGAGACCGAGGCCAGCUCGACGCAUGACGCAACCGAUUCCAAGAACGACCCGGUCGCUGCGGCAGAGCAGGCGGCGGGCACGGGCUGGCUCGCGGGCCAUCUACACCACCUGACGGAGGACCAGGAGCAGAAGCUGGAGGAAUUCAAGAAGCUGUGCGAGCAGAAUGGAUACUACAGGCCGGAGCGGGAUGGCGAGAAGGCAAGCCACGGCGAUGCGACCAUGCUCCGCUUCCUCCGCGCGCGCAAGUUCGACAUUGAUGGCGCUUGGGGUCAGUUCAAGGAUACCGAGGAUUGGCGUCGCGAGAAUGCUAUUGAGUCAUUGUAUGAGAAUAUCGAUGUGGAGGCAUAUGAAGCUGCCCGGAGGAUGUAUCCUCAAUGGACCGGCCGCCGGGACCGUCGCGGUAUCCCUGUCUACGUCUUCGAGAUUCAACAUUUGAACAACAAGAAUAUGGCCGCGUAUAAAUCAACCCUUUCUGCCGAGACUCAACAAUCGUCCAAGGUUCCUGAACGGCUGCUGCGUCUCUUUGCUCUCUAUGAGAAUCUUCUUCGCUUUGUCAUGCCAUUGUGCUCGCAGCUGUCUCGUCCCAACCCGGAGACACCCAUUACCUCGUCUAACAACAUCGUCGAUGUCAGCGGAGUUGGGCUGAAGCAGUUCUGGGAUCUCAAGGGUCACAUGCAGGACGCCAGUGUGUUGGCGACCGCCCAUUAUCCCGAGACUCUGGACCGGAUCUUUAUCAUCGGUGCCCCCUCUUUCUUUCCCACUGUUUGGGGUUGGAUUAAGCGCUGGUUUGACCCAGUCACCACGUCCAAGAUCUUCAUCCUCUCUGCUGCAGAGGUGAAGCCCACUUUGACGACUUUCAUGGAGCCUUCGAGCAUUCCCAAGCAAUACGGUGGCGACCUGGACUGGAAAUGGGGCGACAUGCCCAACUUCGACGAAGAAGCCCGUCAGGUCAUCGGUGCCCUUGAAACCCCACCGGCUGAAGGCGAAACUAAGCCCACCUUCAUCAAAGGCCCUGUCUUGUUCAACGGCGACAACAUUGAGAUCCUCGGCAAGGUUAAUGGAGAGAGUCGGAAGUCAACUAUCCCUGCAGGCUCUACUGCUCAACAAGGAGAGCCUGCUUCCGCCCCUGUUCAGGAGGCUCCAGCGCAAGAGCCUUCUGAGGUACCCGCUGAGAAUGAAAAGGUGGCUGCUUUACAGGAAGAAGCCGCCGCGCCCAAGCCGGAGGGUGAGACUGCCACCAACACCGUCGCCGCUUGAUACACUCGCAACUGAAAUCAUUUCUCUCGUUCGACUAUAUCCCUUUUUCUUCGUCUCUUCUUCUUCGCCUCUUCUUCGCCUCUUCUUCGCUACAUUUCUCUCGAGACAUUCGAGAAGACACUAAUCUAUACACACACAUUUGGGGGCGUCAUUCGGAUUGACUUCGUAGAUUUCAUAUAGAAGACUUCUACACUGCAUUUCAUGGUGAGAUUCUGCUUGAGUGAAUGGAACUCUUUGGUCUAACGCGGAUCUUGGUUGAUCCAUUCUUGUUGCCUGACUGUCCAUUGCACCUGUUUCUUUGCUCUCCAUGAAACCUACUACAUUCGAGCGUGCUUGACUUUAUGCUUCAUAUAUACUACCGAACCUAUUCAUGGUAUAUUAUAUUUCAAUUGAAUUUUAGGGAGACUGAGAUACGGACAUUUGUCCUCUGAAUUUCUUUCGGGUCUAGCAUUGGGGUCUUCGUCAUUACGCUAUUACUUCAGGAUCUUGGC